GGCGGGGCUUGGGGGCUGGCUCCCGCGGCGGCGCUUCUAGGUGGGGAGGGUGCUAUGGCGCUUCCGUGGUCACAGCGCGUUGAGCUCGCGCUCUUCGCUGCCGCCUUCCUGUGCGGAGCCUUGGCUGCCGCGGCGCUGACUCAAACCCAGGGCUCCUUCAGUGGCAGCUGUCCCCUGUAUGGUGUGGCCGCCCUGAAUGGCUCCUCCCUGGUUUUGUCCCGACCCUCGGCCCCAUCCCUCUGCUACUUUGUGGCUGGGGCCUCUGGCCUGCUGGCCCUCUACUGUCUCCUGGUCCUGCUGUUCUGGGUCUACACCAGCUGCAUCGAGGACUCCCACAGAGGCCCGAAAGGGCUCCGCAUGGCGCUGGCCAUCUCAGCUAUAGCCAUCUUCCUGGUCUUAGUGUCUGCUUGUAUCCUUCGAUUUGGCACCAGUUCCCUCUGCAAAUCCAUCAUCCCCCUGAACAUAACUACUAGCUGCUCUGAUGCCCAGAAAACUCCAUGGAUACCCCCUGGAACCACUCUGCAGUUUUACUCCAACCUACACAAUGCUGAAACCUCUUCUUGGGUGAAUCUGGUAUUGUGGUGUGUGGUCUUGGUGCUCCAGGUCCUGCAGUGGAAGUCUGAAGCCACCCCAUACCGGCCUCUGGAGAGGGGGGACCCUGAGUGGAGUUCUGAGACAGAUGCUCUUGUUGGGCCACGCCUUUCCCAUUCCUGAAGAAUAACCAAAGAGUACUUCCUGCCGCCAAAGAAUCCAUGCCUAAGUGCCUGCAAUCCUCUUGCCCCUACAUAGCCUUGUGUAUUCUGGGAGUCUGUUUUCCCUCCAGGAGGGAAACAUGACGACAGGCCACCUCUUCCUCUCUUCCUAUGGCUGUUUUUGUACCAAAGUAUUAUAUUACUUUCUUCCUUCA